GCUUGGCUAGCUAGUUCCGGACACAAAAACGUUUAAAUCUUAGUACAAAAACAGUAUAUUGACUGUAAUUGAUAGUCUUCGUGAGAAUAUCGUUUCUGCAUGUUUGUUUCGACCCGCUGUGAUUAUUUACAUAAUAUAAUUAGCCUUCAUUAGCAACCCGAAAGGAUCGUUAACCACCGUGGAACUAAUGCAGCUAGCAGCGGGGAGUAGAUGGGCGUUUCUGGCUUUUAAAAGUUCUGCAGCAUCGCUUUACCUCUGCUACAGUCUACAUUUUUUAUUAAUACAUUUUACAUGGUCACAGGCUGAUUUUAAUCUGAUUCCAGUUUCUGCAAAAAAUGUAGAAGACCCAGUUUUUAUGUCUGAAACCUUGAUUCACUAGAACAUGUGAAGGUUGCAAACAAGGAUUGUGAAAAGGAGAAGUCGAGAGGACUGAGGAUGUCUGAGACGAUGAAGGCUGAAGCAGAUGAACCUGGAGGCUUGGAGCCCUCCAUACCUGCAGCAUCCACGUCACAACUUGAGGAAACAAAAGACAGCAAAGAUCUCACUCAUCAGAUGUUGGUGAUCAAAGUCGUUCCUCAUGACUGGAGCCCGAGUUCAGAUCAGCAGGACCAAGAAUCCCCCCCCAUAAAGGAAGAAGACGAGGAGCAGGGGAUCAGCCAGCAGGAAGAGUGGCUUACUGUGAAGAUUGAAGAUGAAGAGAAAAGUGAAGAUGAAGAGAAACACCAGUCAUCAAAGUUAUAUCAAAUGAAAACUGAAGUCAACAGAGAGACAAAAGCUGUAAUCAGCACCUCAGCUGAACAAAUGGAAACAGAACCUAAUGGAAGGCACUGUGCAGGAGUAGAACCAGACAGGAACACAGGUCCAGGAUGUUCUUUUCAACAAAGUAAGAUGGCUAUUCGCGGAAGAGAUCAAUCAUCUAAACUUUGUUCCAAACUUAUGGCUCAGAUAGGAAUCCAAGAAGGCAAGAAGACAGAUGACUGCAGCCCUUGUAGUAAAAGUUUCAAACAUAAGACUCAAGACGAUUUAAACAUGACAAUACACGCUGCAAAGGGAGACCACAGCUGUGAUAUCUGUGGUAAAGAAUUUGUAGUAAAGCAUUAUCUCCAGACACAUAUGAGACUCCACACUAGUGAGAGACCAUUUGCUUGUGAUAUUUGUUCUAAAAGGUUCCAUAGAAAGACAAAUCUUAAAAUCCACAUGAUGGCCCAUUCUGGAGAAAAACCUUUUUUCUGUGUGAUUUGUGGUAAAAGAUUUAAGGUAAAGGAAAGUCUUAAAAAUCACAUGAAAAUGCACACCACAGAGAGACCAUUUGUGUGUAGUGUUUGUAGCAAAGAAUUUUUAAGACAAGAAAGUUUAAAAAGUCACAUGUGUAUUCACACAGGAGAGAAACCUUUCAUUUGUAGUGUUUGUAGUAAAGGAUUUUCACGACAUUUGGAACUGAAGAGACACAUGUCUGUUCACACUGGGGAAAAACCAUUUAUUUGUAGUGUUUGCGGAAAAGCAUUUUCCCUGAAAGACCAUCUAAAGAAGCACAUGCAUGUUCACACAGGAGAGAAACCUUUUAUUUGUAGUGUUUGCAGCAAAGGAUUUUCACAAAAACAGAAUCUAAAGAGUCACAUGUAUGUUCAUACUGGAGAGAAACCGUUUGUUUGUAGUAUUUGCAGUAAACCAUUUUCACGACAAGAAAGUCUAAAAACUCACAUGCAUGUUCACACAGGGGAGAAACCAUUUAUUUGUACUGUUUGUAGUAAAGGAUUUUCACAACAAAGGAAACUUAAGACUCACAUGCGUGUUCACACUGGAGAGAAGCCAUUUGUUUGCGGUGUUUGUAAUCAAGGAUUUUCGCAAUCCAGAGACCUGAAAAAACACACUGCUGUUCAUACUGGUCAGUUCAGCUGUAGUGAGUGUAAUAAACGUUUUGUGAAGGAAAUCCAGUUGGAGCAACACAUGAGACUCCACUCGAGGGAGAGACCAUUUGCUUGCGAUGUCUGUCAAAGCAGAUUUAAUCAAAAAUGUGUUCUUGAAAAUCACAUGAGAGUCCACUCAGGAGAGAAACCUUUUGUUUGUAGUGUUUGCAAGAGAGGGUUUGUGCGACACGAAAACCUUAAGAAGCAUAUGGGAGUUCAUCAGGGCUGCAAUUAAUGUGUAUUUGUUUCUUCUGUUCACCUAGGGUAUUUUAUUAUUGAUUGGUCUAUCAGUGGUGCCCAAAGUCGGUCCUCAAGGGCCGGCAUCCAGUGUGGCUCG